AAAAAAAAAGUAAGUGAAAUUAUUGCAAUGAAAAAUCAGACAGAACUGAACACAUUUUUUCUCUCUGGAUUGGCUGACCUUCCAGCUCUUCAUCUACCCUUCUUUUUUUCUUUCCUUCUCAUCUACCUUCUGACAUUAACUUGGAAUUUUCUGAUCAUCUCCCUCAUAGUCACCAGCUCUCACCUCCAUGUUCCUAUGUAUUUCUUUCUGGGGAACCUGGCCGGUUUGGACCUCUGUUAUUCCACAUUAACCGUCCCACGUAUGUUAUUUGACCUUCACAUUAAGAGAAGAAACAUUUCCAUAACAGCUUGUAUGACCCAAGUCUUCUUCUUUGUAUCCUUUGCCACUUGUGAAAUUCUUUUGUUGACUGUCAUGUCCUAUGAUCGAUAUACCGCCAUUUGUCAGCCAUUACAUUACAUAAAGAUCAUGAGUUGGAAAGUCUGUGUACAGUUGGUAUCCAUUGCGUGGUGUCUCAGCUUUACCUUUUCUUUAAUUCACACACUUUAUGCCUUCAAAUUAACAUUUUGUGGAUCAGACAUCAUAGAAAGCUUCUUCUGUGACCUUCCACAGUUGUUUCGGAUCUCCUGUAGUGACAUCUCCAUCAACAUUCUGCUCAUCUUUCUCUUGGGUGGCUUCAUUGCAGUUGGAUCUCUAAUACUGACCAUCCUGUCCUACGUCUAUAUAUUCAAAGCUGUUCUUAAAAUUCAAGCUCGGGGAAAAAGGAGUAAAGUUUUCUCUACUUGUACCCCUCACCUGACAGUGAUGUUUAUCUAUUAUGGAUCUCUUAUGUUUAAUUAUUUUGGCUUAAGUCCCGAUCGCAAUAUUUCUGGUAACAAAGUGGUGUCCAUCUUUUACACAGCGAUCGUUCCUCUCCUCAACCCUCUCAUUUACAGUCUGAGGAACCAGGAUUUUUUAAAAGCAUUUCAAAUUGUUUUCAGGAAGAACUUUCCAUUAAAAUAG